AGAACCAAUGUUAUCUACACCGGACGCAGUUGUAAGACUCUCAAAGUACCUGGACGUUGGACGCAAGUUGAUCAUCAAAACAUUGAUACGUAAAUUGCCCGUUGAUGUUGGCCAAUCUGUCAGCCAUGGUGUCCCAUGGAUUUAAGAGCAGUAAACAGGACUUCACUUUUGGACCAUGGAAGGUGACGGCGGCAAAAACUCAUAUUAUGAAGUCCAAAGACAUUGAGCGGUUAGCUGAAGAGAUGAGCAUGCCCUCGCUCCCUGAGAUGCUGUUUGGGGACAACGUCCUUCGCAUUCAGCACACAGAUGGCUAUGGGAUCGAGUUCAACGCCAUCGACGCCCUGAAGAGAGUCAACAACAUGCAGGACUCUGUAAAGGUGGCAUGUGCACAGGAAUGGCAAGAGAGCAGAGCUGAUUCAGAACAUUCUAAAGAAGUAGUAAAGCGUUAUGACUGGACAUACACCACAGACUACAGAGGCACCUUUAUAGGGGAUGACUUGCAGAUUAGGGUGACUGAAACAUCCGAGCGCAUCGACAUGGAAAAGCUAAAGGCCAGAGAGCAGAUCAUGUUCUUUGACGAUGUGCUGCUGUUUGAAGAUGAGCUCCAUGACCACGGCGUGUCCAUGAUCAGUGUCAAAAUAAGAGUAAUGCCCACCAGUUUCUUUCUGCUGCUGCGGUUCUUUCUGCGAGUGGAUGGAGUACUCAUCAGGAUAAAUGACACACGGCUUUAUCAUGAGGCGGGACAGAAUUACAUGCUGAGAGAGUUUAGUACCCGUGAGAGCAAGAUUUCCGAAUUACAGAACGUGCCUGCCGCGCUGUACACAGACCCUAAUGAGAUCUCCCAGCACUUAUCCGUCAAACUGACAGAGUGUGAGAAGCUUGAGCUCCCAGUGACGGAUGCCCAGCCAGAAGUUACAGAGGAGACCCCAUGAACAAGUGCAGAACGGCUUGAGGAUGGAGUCGUCACACACUUGCAAACCAACACACACAAACUCACACCCUCAUGUCUCAACUUGAGCCGAAGGUCUAUGGAACAAGGCAGAGUUCACCCACCCCCCACCCUACUAAAAGACAUUGUGUAUUUGUUUUGUUAGUCAACUGAAACACAGAAUCUUCCCCCUUCCACACAGAACUUCAUUCACAUAGCUUUAUUUUACCAUUGUCAAGUCUUCUGAUUAAGAGGGACGUUAACCAUUUCUUGUAUUUAGAUGUUUUGUUGGGGCAGUGGGAUGGACUGAAAUAGGCUUUUAUAUUUAAAUUCCAUAUUACAGUCUUUUGUUUGAUUGCGUAGUCUUGAAUUUGAAGGAUGGGAAAUGAUUUUCUACACACAGAAAUCUGGAUAUUAUAGAAAUGUAACAGGUGGAUUGCCAUUCCUCUCGUAAAACAAAAUGGCAAAGAUAAAAAGAGACCAUUUGUAAAUAAAGAUACCUUUUCUAUUGAUUUAGUAUUUCUGUUUUUUUUUUCACUUACUGAAGUAGAGGCUUGUGUACUUCACAUCUAAUAUUAAAAUAACAUCUCACUUGCUGCCUACCAAACUGUUUAUUAUGCUUUUGUGAUAGAAUAGUCUACAUUCUCUGCUUGUUGUACUGUAUGUCAGUCAUAUGUAAAAUAAUAAAAAAUGUAAGCUUUAAUAUUUGUUCUAA